GAGAGUGAGUGAGUGAGUGAGUGAGUGAGAGAGAGAGAGAGAGAGAGAGAGAGAAAACUCUGAGCCGCAACAGCUGGUUUGAAGUUUUGACAGCCGUGACUGAACAGCCACUGUUCGUCCCAGCCUGUAAGAGGUCACUUAGUACCUCUGGCUGGAGGAGAGCGACUGCAAGGUGCCUGAUGGGACAAGUAAGGGUUUAAUCAGCCCGGAGGGACACCAACAGGACACCGGAGGCACCAUGAAUCGCAAGGAGUCAAAAAGCAGCAGGAAAUCCCGCCAGGAGGGGGGGAGUGUGAUAAAGAGCAGAAGACCAGUACAGAGGAGGAUGACUUGCCCUAGUCCUCAGGAGAUCAGCCGGGUUCUUCAGAGUCCACCGCCUCAGUCUUUCCGCUGUGCCAGCCUGGACGAACUCAUCAUCCGCUGCCUCCACUACUUCGACUCAGAAGGGAAACUGAUCAGAGGGACGCAGUUCGUCCACAUGACCCUGAUGAUGCAUAACUGGGUUGUACCAUCACACAUCUUCGCCCAUAAGCUACUUUCUCUAUAUAAGGAUUGUCCUGCAGAGAAAAGGGGACAGAGGCGCCCACAAAUCUGCCACUUCAUCAGGGAGUGGAUUAAUCAUUUCCGGCUGAUGUUUGAGGUGGACCCUCUAUUAGAAGAAGCAAUGGGAGAUCUCUGGGCUCUGGUCAGGGUUGAAGGAACCGAUUCACACUAUCAGCUCUUCAAUACACCUUACAUUCUUGGCUUCACCAGUCUGAUUUGUGACGAUCUAUUUGGUUUCUGUCUGUCCAUCACUAUGUCUGAAACCAGUAAUCCUCCAGUGAAUGUUUCCCAGACUCCCUCUCCCUCUGUGAAGAAAAGGAAGGUUUCGCUGCUGUUUGACCACAUGGAGCCAGAUGAGAUGGCCGAACACCUCAGCUACUUGGAGUUCAAAAACUUCUGCAACGUCUCAUUCCUGGACUACCGCAGUUACGUGGUUCAUGGCUCAGUGAGGGAUAAUCCGGCGCUCGAGCGCUCUGUCAUGCUCUGCAACGGAGUCUCCCAGUGGGUCCAGCUCAUGAUCCUCAACAGACACACCCCACAGCAGCGAGCAGAAGUCUUCACCAAGUUCAUUCAUGUAGCACAGAAGCUGAGAUCUCUACAGAAUUUCAAUACUCUGAUGGCGGUGAUUGGAGGUCUGUGUCAUAGUUCCAUCUCUCGUCUUAAAGAUACAGCCAGCCUGCUGUCCUCUGAUGUCACAAAGACUCUCAGUGAACUCACAGAGCUGCUGUCGUCCUACAGCAACUAUUCAAACUACAGGCGGGUGUACAGCGAAUGCACUGGAUUCAAGGUGCCCAUCUUGGGUGUUCAUCUCAAAGAUCUCAUCUCCCUCAACGAGGCGUUGCCAGACUACCUUGAGGAUGAUAAGAUCAACCUGGGGAAACUGCAGCAUUUAUACAGCAACAUUAGCGACUUGUUGGCCAUCCAUGAAUGCACCCCGCCGUUUGAAGCCAACAAAGACCUGCUGCACCUGCUAACGCUCUCGCUAGACUUGUGUUACACAGAGGAUGAGAUAUAUGAGCUCUCCUAUGCCAAGGAACCCAAGAACCCCAAAAUUCAGCCCGUAGCUCCAGUGAAGCCCCCCGUGGUAGCAGAGUGGGGAUCGGGACUGACUCCACGCCUGGAUCCCGCCACCAUCUCCAAACAUGUUAAACAGAUGGUGGAUUCUAUCAUGAAGAACUAUGAUUUGAACAUGGACGGCUACAUUUCUUUGGAGGACUUUGAGAAGAUCGCUGCAAAUUUCCCCUUCUCCUUCUGCACGCACGAGAGCGAUCGAGAAGGUGAGAUCAGUAGAGAGGAAAUCACUUCAUAUUUCAUGCGUGGGAUGUCAGUGUGUGCUAAGCUUGGCUUCAAUCUCCACAACCUUCACAACUUCCACGAGACCACGUACAAAAGGCCCACAUUCUGUGACUCCUGCGGAGGAUUUUUAUGGGGAGUCAUAAAGCAAGGCUACCAUUGCAAAGACUGUGGAGUAAACUGCCAUAAGCACUGUAAGGAUGUGGUGGGAACGGAGUGUAUGAAGAGGUUCCAGCUGACCAGUAGCUCAUGUCCCUGCACCCCAGGCCCCAUAUCAGGCCUCCACAAUAAGGGCAACAGCUGGAGUUCUGAAGAGGAAGCAUUUGUCUUUCCUAAUGGAAACAGAUCUGAAAACUCCAAGGGCCAAACUUCAUCAGACAGCGACGCAGAAGCGGCCACACUAUCCGACAGGUCCACUCAGACAGACCCAGGAGUUUGGACGCCGGUGGCCAAACGGAAAGAUCGUCCUCAUUCCCAGAAACAACGCCCCCCCCUUGAAAAGAGUGCCACUCUACCAGCAAGGGUGCGAGGUUCAUCUGCCCCUAGUACUCUCCUACAGGAGAAAAUGGAUGAACUGAAGCUGAACAAAGAUAAACGAAAGGAACCAGACUGAAGUAGUCUGUGCAAAUGGCCGUGUGUUUGUGUGUGGUGGAACUGUUAAAUACACUGGACAGAACAGACUGAAGAACGUGUCCUCAUCUUUCUCGCCAACUGUCUUGUUCUAUUGUCUUCAACAGAUUGUUCUUGACGUUCAUUAAAUGUGAUGAAAUUCAACCCGGAAGGGAUUUUAUUUAAGGAAUUACAGAUGGUCCGCUUCCUCAGGGCUCUUUGAAACCCUGCCGGUGGAUCUGUACUGUAAGAACUCUCUAUGCACCAGCGUCAACUGCCAGCGAGGACCAGAUCAAUGGACCUCGCAUCGCCACAAGUACUCAAAAGUGGACAGCUACAUCAUCAACCUCACUACCACUCGUCUUCGUACGAGACCGACGGACUUUCUUGCCUUUCGUCACAAAGAGCGAGGUGCUUUCUGCAAGAAUUGUUCGAUUGAGUACAAAAAUGUAUUGCCUUAAUAUUCACACUGAUGGAAAAUGUAUACUGUGACCAACUGUAUUGAACUUGAACAGGAAGAAUGUACCUCCUCUGCUAAGGGACGUGAUUUCGGUGCUGAUACAACACCCAGAAUGCAUCACUGUGCCUUAUGUAAUGAACAAUUCAUUGAAUAGGAGACAAAGGGUAUUAUAUCACUGUUUAUUUCAGACAAUAGUCCUGUCUCGGUUCAAAAUGAUCACAAUCUGCUUCAUUAGUGCUUGCGUCCAUCCGGCGUAUUAAAGCUUGAGCAUUAAUGGAAAAAGAGCGGGAGAGUUACAUCAAGGGUCAAUUCAAACGAACACUGUGGACCUAUUUUGAUUGUUUUUCUAACAUGUUUUCUGUUAGAUCAUCUCCAACUUGAAUGUCUGUUUUACUAAAUCUUGAAUUUAGGCUAUAGAUUUUUAUUUAUUGAGGAAUGAAAAAUCUUAAGUAUUUUCCAUAAUAAAGCACUGCCUGAUGUGAUUAAAAUAAAAAUGAGAAAAAUGA